AUAGCUACUUUUUUCCAGGAAUCAACCAGAUAUUCAAGCCUGACUUGCCAUGGCCCAUGAACACACUGACGGUCAGGAGGAAAGACCAGCAACCAACAAACGAACACCCCCUCCACUCCCGCCCCGGCCACCGCUCACUAGCCAGACUCCCGGUCCAAGCCGACUCUCAUCAACAAUCUCCACUGCUGCCAAAGCAUCCCAAGAAAACCCAGAGUCAUCAACUCCUUCACACGCACCCUCAUCUCAUCUCGCUCAGCGUGGUUCUCCAGGGCAAUCUACCCCGAUCAACUCGAGCCAGCAAGAAACACAUCAGCCAGUCCGAACUAGCACCUCAGAUUCUUCAUUCGGCCUUGAUUCGACUCCGGACGAUCGGCGCAAUGGCUCAGACUGCGAACCAGACAGUUACGAUGAGACGCUAGCAGAGAUCGAAGCACUCGAGGUGUCUGAAUUUCUAAGACGCAGCUCCAAGUACCUCAAUCAAAUCAACUUCCAAACUCUAGAAUCUGAGGGUACAGCAACGCUCUCAGUACCCACCUUGGAUGACUUCCGAUCGUCUGCGGGUCUGGUCGAUUGGAUCGGCUUUUGUAACGCUUAUGCCGCCGCCCAACUCGACCGAUACUUGCCCAAUGCCCUCCUCUCCAGUCCUACCCGGACACCUACCUCGAUGAGCCGACUCAAAGCUCAGGCGUCUCGCUCCUACGUCGCCAUCCUCCCCGAAUUAUGGGACAUCAUAUCAGGAAACCAACUCAGCAAGUUAUACCGUUGGGAAAACCCAAGAAGGACUGCAUUCUAUCUAUUGACUUAUUAUCUUCUUUGGGCUAUGGACUUGAUCCCAAGCUUCAUUGUAGGAUAUAUAUUAUAUCGGCUGAUUAACCGACAACUCAAUCCACCGACGAUCUCAGAACUGAGGCAAGAAGUCAGUCAACGACACCAGUUAGGCAAGCAAGCAGAAAAGAUAGGAUCAGAAGGAUUCUUGGACAACAAGAGCGGCAUGUCGGGUUCAGUGACCAAAGGCGUAUUAGGAAACUCGAUGGUCUUUGCCGGGGUGGCUAUGGGCGCCAAUAUCCCCGGCCUGGGAACUUCUCCCGCUGCCCCUCCUCCAAGCUCUUCUCAUAGCUUACCCAAAAAGCAUGACUAUCGAAGCCUGUAUAGUUUCAGUCGCAGCCUCUAUUCUGAACAUGCUCACGAAAUUGAAAACCUCUUGGCGGAUAUGGCCGACAUUGGAAUCCUACUCUACACAUUAGCGAUCACCCAAAAAUGGAUGGUUAAAAACUUCUUGGGAUGGCUUGGGAUCGAGUUUUUCUUUCUACUCGGAUUCACCGACCAGUACCCGAAAUUCAGAAAGAUCCUAAAUCCGAUCUGGUUGAUCUUAUACGACAUCCCAACCGACUCUGAAUUUGCCUUGGAAGUUUUACAAGAAAGAGGGCAAAAGAAUCAUCACUCAUUAGGUUCUCAUCGCAAAUUAUUCAAGAGACAUCAUCAUCGUCACCCGUCCGAUUUUAUGCACAAGAAGAGCAGAUCUGCUUCCUCUUUAUUUGAUAGAAAACGGGAAAACUCGACCGACGAAAACCCGGGAAACCCUGCAAGUCCUAUUCAAAGGGGGUGCAUCAUAUCGUCCGAUAGAUCGGUGGCGUCUGCCGUCUGCAGUGUCCCAGAACCUGACAUCUGGAAAAGAUGGGGCCGAAAAGUAGUCCACGGAAGUAGUGGGGUUGCCAACUUGGCAAGAAAGGUCUAUGCAGGUGCUGAACACUCUCAUCCAGAGCAUGAUCAAUCCAAAGAUUCCAACAAAUCUGUCGAGGGCACAGCUCUAAAUUCUCCUAAAACGUUUGCUUUUUUGAAUGGCAAAGUACCUGGCAAUCUGGCCGUCCACAGGGAUUGGAUCACUUUUGAACCAUUGAAAGGGUUCCGGACGAAAACGACGAAUUUGAAAUCGACACUGAACAAGUCCGAGCCGGUUCUCAUGCCACCCAGGACGCGAACCCUAUCGACGAACUCCUCCUCGACAUCAUCAUUGAGGAAGUUGGACCUGGAUCGCAAACCCAGUGGAGAGGAACUUGGUGGUCGGGAAAUUGGGAUGGAUGAGGGUGUCAAGCACAGCGAAGGAGUGGAAGACCUGGCGGCUGGUGGGCCGGGCUCGACGGAUUUGGUCAUCCAGUUCAAGGAUGUUAUCUCAAUCAAGAAAGUCAAACGCUCGCUCGCUUUUGGAUUCGGCUUUCGGAUUAGCGACGGGAUCGAAUUUCUUCUCGAUGGUUCAAUAGUCUUGAGCUUCGAUAAUAUCCUUAAUCGGGAUGAGUACUUCAAUCGUCUCUUGUUGCUCUGUAGUCACCAUCUAAACCGAAAAAAGAAACAAUAA